GGGUCGCGUAUGAAUCAUAUUUCGCGGGAGUUAGUUUAGAAGAGUCAGUCUGUCUGUCUGCUGUCAACAAGGACGAUAACAGCUACUAAACUCAUGACACAAUGAGUCUGUGGGUGGACAAAUACCGACCGACUUCCCUCGGGAAGCUCGACUAUCAUAAAGAACAAGCGACUCAGCUGAAACACCUGGUUCAAUGUGGCGACUUCCCUCACCUGUUGGUGUACGGGCCAUCAGGCGCUGGGAAGAAGACCCGCAUCAUGUGUCUGCUGAGGGAGCUGUAUGGAGCUGGGGUGGAGAAGCUCCGCAUAGAGCACCAGACCAUCGUGGCUCCCUCAAAGAAGAAAAUUGAGAUUAACACAAUAGCCAGCAACUACCACCUGGAAGUCAACGCAAGUGAUGCUGGAAACCAGGACCGUGUUGUGAUUCAAGAGCUGAUUAAAACUGUGGCUCAGUCGCAGCAGAUCCAGUCGAGCACCCAGAGAGAGUUCAAAGUGGUGUUGCUAACAGAGGUGGACAGACUCACGAAGGACGCCCAGCAUGCUUUGCGCCGGACAAUGGAAAAGUACAUGUCCACCUGCCGUCUCAUCCUCUGCUCUACCUCCACCUCCAAAGUCAUCGGGCCAAUUCAGAGCCGUUGUCUGGCGAUCAGAGUUCCUCUGCCGAGCACAGAAGAGGUCUGUAAUGUCUUGACAUCAAUCUGUAAGAAGGAGGGUCUGCUCCUCCCACCUGAGCUGGCCAAGCAAAUCACUGAGAAGUCUGGUCGCAACCUCCGCAAAGCCCUUUUGAUGUGUGAGGCCUGCAGAGUGCAGCAGUAUCCGUUCUCGGCAGACCAAGACGUCCCGCAGACGGACUGGGAGGUCUACCUCAGAGAAACAGCUAACGCCAUCGUCAGCCAGCAGAGCCCUCAGAGGUUGUUGGAGGUUCGAGCCAGGCUGUACGAGCUGCUGACUCACUGUAUCCCUGCUGAUAUCAUUAUGAAGGGUCUGGUAACAGAGUUGUUGAGUAACUGCGAUGGUCAGCUGAAGACCGAGGUGGCCCACAUAGCAGCCUACUACGAACACAGACUGCAGCUGGGCAACAAAGCUAUCUACCACCUCGAGGCCUUCACUGCCAAGUUCAUGGCCCUCUACAAGAAGUUCAUGGAAGACGGUCUGGACGACAUGAUGUUUUGACUCUGAAUGGACUUCAAAUACGGAUAUUUUUCUUGACAGGAGUUCAACAGCCCUUGUUGAUUUCCCGAUAUCUUGCUUUUUUUUUGCCCCAAGAAGACUCUCAGUGGACUUGAUACAGAUUCUAUAAGGCAUGGUGGUGACAUCAACAUAACUCACGCCAGAAUGAAUCUUGAUAUAGACAGUUUGUGGCUUUAUGCCAUGGUUUGUUGCCAAGAACAUCAGCACUGUAUACAGUUUGUAAACCUUGAAUUGUCACUCUAGUGGUGUAAAAUAAGCAGUUUUGAUAGCAGCAUUAGCAGCCAAUUAUUUGUAUUAAAAAUAUACUGCAAGGACGACAUGUUGUUUGUAAAAAUAUGCACCAGAACAUGACAAUAAAUUGCAAGAAAAAG